AUGGCCAAAGCCACCAUCCUUCUUCUCCUCGUGCUCGCGGCUGCCGCAGCCAUGGCCACCACCGGUGAAAGCAGAGUCCCUCUCCGAAGGAGUCGGUUUCUCAUGAUGCAGCUGGGUGCCGACCCUCACUACUGCUCCAAGAAGACGGCCGCCGUCUGCCUCGCGCCGGGGAGCCCCGGGCCAACAUCCUGCGGUGGCCAGUGCGUGGAUACAGCCACCAGCGGCGACCACUGCGGCGGCUGCAACAAGGCGUGCAAGCACGGCAGGACCUGCUGCGGCGGCCGCUGCGUCGACCUGCUCUCCGACGGCGGCAACUGCCGCAGCUGCUUCAACCAGUGCAGCAACAAGUGCACCUAUGGCUUCUGCGACUACGCCAUCUGA